AAGUUUCUAAAUCAAAGGAAGAAUGGAUCUCGUGUCCAAACUUUAUUUUAUCGUUAAAUGAAAUCUGCAAUAUAUAAUUAAUAUUCCGUUUGUUUUUAUGUUUCUAAAUAGUUCAGAAUAUCCAGUAAAGUAACAUUUAAUUGAUGUAUAAAUUUAGACUAAAAGUAGAAACGUGUUUCGAAAAUCUUAAGUGUAUUUUAUAGAACCAAUUCUUGUGUUUAUUUUGUUAAAGACUUCGAUAAAGUUAAUGUAUUUUCUAAUUCAGUAUUUAGUUGAGAUGCAGCUAAAAGACCGAUAAACUAUUUUAUCGACAACAGUUUUUAUUUGGGGAAUGAGCCUCUUCUCUGUUUGUUCUGGUGGUUUGUGGGCGGAGUGAUACCUCUCACUGUCUUCUCUAUCUUUGACACGGAAAGAGACCGCGGCGUCCUCUCACCUGUCAGGAACACACCUGAGUCAGAACAUGUCCGCCGACACCUGCAGGAACACCUGUUGAAGAUCUCAUGGAUCCGCAGGAGAAACCUCAGGUUCUGGACCCGAACAUGUCUGAGCCGUCCAGAGAGUCCAGAGAUUCUGGUUCACCUGCAGCUCAAAUCCCAGAAAGAGGAAAGCUGAAAGACAGAAACCAGGAGGAGGACCUCAAAGACCCCCCCUCUGAGGAGGAGGACCUCAGAGACCCCCCCUCUGAGGAGGAGGACCUCAAAGACCCCCCCUCUGAGGAGGAGGAGGACCAGGACAUGGAGGAGGAAGAAAAGUCUCCUUCUGCUCUGCUGGAGCCCAGCACCUUACUGUGGUCAGGAAACCUGAACCGGAAGAUCCUGUUGGAGCAGAACCCAGACUCUGAAGAGGGGGGGGAGGGCAGCCAGGUGACAGACCCGUCCAGGUGGAGGGAGAGCAUGCCGGAGGGGGAGAGGUGGAGAGACGAGGUGCUGAAGGAGGACUGCUGGCUGGCUGACGAUGAGGAGGAGGAGGAUGAAGACACGGAGGUGAAGAGCGGGAAGCCGGCUGCCGGUUUCACUCCACACAUCACGGUUCUGACCCAGGACCCGAACCCAGACGAGAUCCAGGGCUUCCCGGAGAAGGAGGCGGGUCCUCCCGCAGAGCCCGGCCGGGAGGAGCCGCUCUACCGGGAGGAGUGGGAGGAGGACAACAAAGUCUACCUGUGUGAACAUGUGGACCGGGAGAGGCUGGGCUUCGUCGCCUCCACCCUGGUGGGAGGACUCCUGUUCCCCCUGCUGGUGUGGGGGGGCUAUGCCCUGCUCCCCUUCGACCCCCCUGUGCUGCGGAGCGCCCCCCUCAGGGUCAUCUACACGCUGCGCUGUGCCUUCUUCGCCAUGAUUCCCAUCGUCCUCGGCGUGCUGGUGAAGGGCGUGGCCCGGCUGAGGCACUGCGCCCUGAAGCCGCUCUACCUGGACGGUCAGGUGGACAGAGAAGUGAGGGUGCACGGGCACUUCGUCAGCGAGUCGCUGGCCCUCUUCCUCUUCUACUUCCUGCAGCUGGGCGUCCUGGCGACGUACGUCAGCCAGGAUCUGGUGAAGCUGGUGCCACUGCUGACCAUCGUCUUUGUGUUCGGCAGGCUCAUCUACUGGCUCUGUCUGGCUCUGGGCAGCAGCGUCCGGGGGAUGGGCUUCGCCUUCUCCUUCCUCCCCAUGCUGGUCAUGCUGGGCGCCAACCUCUACUACAUGUGCUCGUCUGUCGGCCCGGAUGCCAUCUUUGACGUGGCGGUCCCCACGCCAGAGCCCCCUCCCAGAAUGCGUUGGUGGUUCUAAAGGAGGCCAAAGUUCUGCGGACCGACUCGUCCUGUUUCUGGACUCUUUGGUCCUGGUUGGUUUAGUGAUGGCGAGAGAUGCUUUGCGCUCUGUUAGCCACGCCCUCCAGGAGCGAUCUGAGAGCGCGUUGUACGGCGUCCGUGCAGACGCCUCUCUAACCCGACAGGAUCCGCUCAAAGAUAAAUUACUGAUCGUGAAAUCCUGGAAAUUCUGGUGAACUUUGAUCAUAAACGGUUCUGAGCUCAUGAAACACCUGAGAAGGUUUAGGCUCCGCCUCCAGCCAAAUCCUGGACCUGAAACCUUCAGAGAGAAACUGAAUGAAAUCCUUUUAAUGUUUUUUCUAAAGUUGUGCUCAGAUGUCUGUCUCCUGUCAUGUCUGGUUUCCUCUCUGGUGUCGGACGUUUGGAUCGGACCUGCCUGGUUCCGUCUGCAGACACCAGGAUUCCUGCGGUUCUGGUUUUUAGUGAUGGAUCUUUAGUUUUUCUGUUUGGAUUCAGACUCAGAUUCUAUCGUCGACAUAAAGAACAAAUGAUGUUUACAGAAAUGUAUUUGUUUGUAUUCUUUCUUUAGAAGUUUUUAUCAAAGAUGUUUGUCAUGAGAAUCGACUUUUCCGUUCUGAAACGGGUUCUUCAACGCAUCUUUGUUUUGUUAAUAAAGAUUUCUCUGUUUGAACCAGCA